UCUGUACUUCUUCUGUAUUACUCUGACUUGUGUGAUAAGUUUGUCUCUCCUCAUUUGAUAAUACAAACAUAACCACCACACGUCACCAACUCCAGUCAGCAGAUGGCGAUGUGAGUUUUUCCAGGUGAUGCUUCUUGCGUGACGCAUAAUCUAGUGGACCGGACUGGAGGCUUCUUCAACAGCGACAGAGCCUACUGAUUCACACCACGCAGUGGUUUGCUAGCGAACAUAAAACCGAAACAUUAAAGAUCUUUAGACCAAUCUUGUUUAUAUUACUCUUAGUGUUUAGAACACAAUUAUAUUUACGUUUCUACUAGUUCAUUUAAACGUAAUUUGCUUGUUAAAUUAGCAAAUGUGUUAAAUUGAUACUGCACUAGGCUAAUCGCCCGGAGCAUUAGGUCACUUAGCAAGACGGAGAAAGAAGCUCUGGUGAAAGGAGAGGAAGAAGCUUUCAGAAUGAAAAAUGAUGAAGAUGAGGCUAUUACAUUGAAAAAAGAGAAUGGAUUGAAAGAAGAGCCCUUUGGAGUGAAAGAAGAAGAGGAGGCUAUCUCUAUAAAGGAGGAGGAGGAAGACGUUUUGGGAGUGAAAGAGGAGACUGAAGAUCCGAUUACCACCAGAGAGACACAUGACUAUCGUGGAUCCUCUGGGGAGACUCAACAACAUCCUGAUGCUGACGAGGAAGAGAAGAGUCUCUCCAGAUCAGAACACCAGAUGGACAACGCUAGCCCUUCCUCUCUCCCGGAGUCCCCGUGUCGUGCCUCUCCCGGUAGCACCUUACUGCUGGGUAUGAAGAGGUUGUCUGUGCUGCUGGCGGACUGCAGGAAAACAACGGGGCUGAGUGGAACUGUGAGAGGAGGAGAAGAGAAGAAAGGAUCAGAUUUGACUCAUCAAAGAGAAAGACCAGACUCAGAGGAACCAGAGACGUCCAAAACGGCAAAACAACACGACUGCUCCCACUGUGGAAAGACUUUUACAGAGUUAGGCAACAUGAAAAGGCAUGAAAGGACACACACAGGUGAGAAGCCUCAUCAUUGCUCUCACUGUGGAAAGACUUUUACUGAGUUAUGGAGCCUGAAAACACAUGAGAGAAUACACACAGGGGAGAAGCUGUACUACUGCUCCCAGUGUGGAAAGAGUUUUACCCGGUCAGGGCACAUGAAAGAACAUAAGAGAACACACACAGGGGAGAAGCCUUACCUCUGUUCCCAGUGUGGAAAGAGUUUUACCCACUUAUGUAACCUGAAAACACAUGAGAGAUUACACACAGGGGAAAAGCCUUACCACUGCUCCCAGUGUGGAAAGAAUUUUACCCGGUCAGGGCACAUGAAAGAACACAAGAGAAUGCACACAUUGGAGAAGCCUUACCUCUGUUCCCAAUGUGGAAAGAGUUUUACCCACUUAUGUAACCUGAAAACACAUGAGAGGUUACACACCGUGGAGAAGGAUUAUGAAUGCUCUCCGUGUGGUUUGAGUUUUACCACUUUAGGGUACCUGAAAUCACAUGAGCGAACACACACAAGAGAGAAGCCUUUCCACUGCUCACAGUGCAGAGAGAUUUUCACCCAUUUAGGGAGCCUGAAAAGGCAUGAAAGGACACACACAGUUGAGAAGCCUCAUCAUUGCUCUCACUGUGGAAAGACUUUUACCCAGUUAGGGAGCCUGAAAAGACAUGAGAGAAUACACACAGGGGAAAAGCCUCAUCACUGCACUCACUGUGGGAAGACUUUUACCCAGUUGGGGGGCCUGAAAACGCAUGAGAGAAUACACACAGGGGAGAAGCCUUACUGCUGCUCCCAGUGUGGAAAGAGUUUUGCCCGGUCAGAGCACAUGAAAGAACAUAAGAGAACACACACAGGGGAGAAGCCUUAUUGCUGCUUCCAGUGUGGAAAGAGUUUUACCUACUUAUGUAACCUGAAAACACACGAGAGAAUACACACAGGGGAGAAGCCUUACCACUGCUCCCAGUGUGGAAAGGGUUUUAACCAGUUAGGGGUCCUGAAACGACAUGAGAGAAAACACACAGGAGAUAAGGAUGUAGGAUGUUGAACUGUAGAACAUUGGACGGAUAUAGGACAGAUGCUGGCUGAACAGUAGGAUAUAGGACAGAUAUAGCCUCUGAACAGUAGGAUAUAGGACAGAUGCUGGCUGAACAGUAGGAUAUAGGACAGAUAUAGCCUCUGAACAGUCUGUUCUCCAUGCUUAAUGUAUUAUAGUGGAUUUGUUUGACUUCACAAAAUACAUUUCCAUUUAAAUGGGCUAAGUCUAAAUGGGCUAAGUCUAAAUGGGCUAAGUCUAAAUGGGCUAAGUCUAAAUGGGCUAAGUCUACUGUAUUUUGUAUAUCGUACUUUGCUCUCAUUUUGAGAGAAAUAAAAUCCAGUUCGAUUCCCAACUCAGUAACUCAGAUCAGCUUAAAUAUUGAACAUAGAUUGUAUCUCAGUCCUUGGGGGAAGAUAGAUUGUAUCUCAGUCCUUGGGGGAAGAUCAGCUUUAAUAUUGAACAUAGAUUGUUGAUUCCAUCAAUGUAAUUGUCUGCAUCAUUUCCAAUUUUGUAAAUGAACAAAAAUAUAAGCACAAAAUGCAUUGAUUUCUAAGAUUUGACUGAUUUACAGAAAAAAGUCAAUUUAAAUAAAUUAUUUAGGCCUUUAAUCUAUGGUUUUUACAUGACUGGGAAUAGUGCUAUGCAUCUGUUGGUCAACGAUACCUUAAGAAAAAGGUAGGGGUAUGGAUCAGAAAACCAGUCAGUAUUUGAUGUGGCCACCAUUUGCCUUGAGUUGAUCAGGCUUUUGAUUGUGGCCUGUGGAAUGUUGUCCCACUCCUCUUCAAUGGCUGUACAAAGUUGCUGCAUAUUAGCUAGAACUGGAAAACACUGUCGUACACAUCAAUGCAGAGCAUCCCAAACAUGCUCAAUGGGUGACAUGUCUGGUGAGUAUGCAGGCCAUGGAAGAACUGGGACAUUUUUCAGCUUCCAGGAAUUGUGUCCAGAUCGUUCUGACAUGGGGCCGUGCAUUAUCAUGCUGAAACAUGAGGAUGAAUGGCACGACAAUGGGCCUCAGGAUCUCGUCACGGUAUCUCUGUGCGUUCAAAUUGCCAACGAUAGAAUCCAAUUGUGUUCGUUGUCCGUAGCUUAUGCCUGCCUAUACCUUAACCCCACCACCACCAUGGGACACUCUGUUCACAACGUUGACAUCAGCAAACCGCUCGCUCACACAACGCCAUACA